UACUCCUGCUCCUGCGCGGGGGGAGGGGUGAGGAGGGUGAGGUAGGGCACCGACCUUACUGUGAAAAGCUUAGCUUGGUCAGUGUGAUUGUUUAAUUUGUUUCGUGACACCUGGCCCAAGAUUUCGGCUAUGAGUGCACCCAAUAUCAACAGGAGCGUGCUGUCUACAACUAGAGCACCCCGCAAAGAUAGUAGCAACCCGGAACUGAAUCAACUCUCUCUCCUAGCACGUUUUAAGGUUGAACAUGCAGUUGACCAAGCACGUUCUCAGAUUUUAAAAGAAGCUCACCAGAAACGGUUGAAAAUUUUACGUAAAGAGCUUGAUUACUUAAAAAAUUCUGCAUGGAUGUACCAGCCUGUUGAUAAAUUCAUAGGUCAAUAGUAGGCUCUGCCCAUUAAAAUAUUACCUAUCAGAAUUCACACUUUUUAAUCAACUACAACAAUGUUGAGCAGAUUAGCAUCAGCUGUUAGCUCUGCAGUUGGCUGGGGAAGUAAAUGUGAUAUUUCUUCUGAUGAAGAUGACGACUCUGGUAAUCAAAAGACAGAUUCUUUGAUUGAUCAAAUACUUAAUGAUAUCUUUACCAAAGAAGAUGAAGGAUAUGUGGCACCCAAUCAUACUAAACCAGUGUUGCCCACCAUUCAAACCAAGCUUGAGGCGAUUGGUACAGUUACCCGACUGACUGAUAAAAGUGGUGUCAUCGAUAAUAAAUAUUAUUUCAACCGUGCAAGUAUUCAUUGUGUAGGACUUGAUGAGGGAAAAGAAGUCACAUUUAGUGCCUACCGUGAGACUACAGAGCACGAAUGGAGAGUCACUCAAAUUUUUGCAGUUCAUGAUGAAACAUGGAAUGAUCAGUACUCUGAUGAUGAUGGUCUUGAAGUGAAAUGUGAUGAAAUUCCAAUAAUUCCUGAAGAAAUAGAGGAUAAUACUGGUUCUGCCAACAAACGAACUAUUAAUGGAGUUGUUAAGUUAAAAGAGGGGAGAGAAGUUGUAGUGAGGUAUACUGUCAAGCCCUUGAAGGGUGCCCAUGAAACUCGCGAAACCUGCUUUAACCUGGAUGAGGUGUCUUCAGAUUUCUUACCUAUGAUAGGAGACGUUGUUCGUAUGAAUUGCAUUGUGGAAAUAACUGAAGAAACUGCAGAUGGCAGUGGAUCUGUAGUGAAAGUUCUUUCUCUUCAGCCCAAUAGAGCUCGGGCAUUUACUGGAGAAGUUUCAGCAUGGCUUUCUAGAAAAGGAGAAGGUACCAUACAAGAAGCAGCCAAUAUCUUUUUUAACAGAGCUGCUUGCGAGUCUGGCUACAUCCCAAAGAAAGGAGAUACGGUUGAAGUAGAGGCUAUUGAGUUUGAGAGAAUUGGUUACGACUGGCGUGCUAUCUCUGUACGUCCUGACACUAUCUGUCAGCGUGAUGAGAGUGAGGCAGUACAUAGGAAAUCUUUUUAUAGGAUUGAUCCUGAUCUACUGUUAAACAAAGGAAAUAUUGUUGUUCAAGAGAACACUCAGUUUGGAGCUCUACCUGCUUCUGAUCAAUAUAAAAUUGAGGUAUCUGUUUCAAAUGAGGGGCAAGUUCGGAAGAAAAUCACAAGGCAUUACAUUGACUCCACUCCUUCCAACCUUACUCUUAUGUCUCCAACCAAUCAGCAAAUUUGGAUUGAACCACAACAAACAAUUACAUUCUGCUUUAAAUAUAAUUUUAAACUCCUCGGAUGGUUCAGUGAAGUUUUCAUUAUUCAGUUAGGAAAUAUUGAAAUUGGACGCUUAAUUGAAUGGGAAGUCUUCACUCCAGAUACUUCUGCAGUUCCCACAGCUCGAAUCACUGAUGACAAGAAAUUUCAUGAAGAAAGAUCUCAGCAUUCUCAAACAUAUCACGAGUUAAGGAGUCAAAGGGAGCACAUUGUUAGAGGCAGGGCUUUGGUUAAACGCCCUAACUUUGUUAAAGUCAGACUAGGCCAUUAUCCCAUCAAUGAUGAUAUAAGCAAUGCAAUGUGUCAGUCACAAGAUAACAGAUAUAUCAGCAAGGCAGAUGCAAGAGAUGCUCUUAAGAAAUGUUGCCCUGUGCUGUCAGAGAGUUUGUCAGAAGCAAACCAUAGAAGUCGCUUCCAUGAUUUGCUUCACAUAGCUGAAGUAGAUGGUAGUAUUGACAUGUGUCGGUAUACCAAGGAAAGAGUGAGUUUUGUGAAGCGUGGUGAAGGUGCUGAGUACCUAACCCUAACUGUCCCAGGCCUAGCUGAAGGAAGGCCGUCUGUUUUAACUGGGGACAGAGUGAUUGCAAAGAGCAGUAGCUGUGGAAUCAAAGCUGCAGUGUUUGAGGGUGUCAUUCAUAAGGUUCUAAAAGAUGAAGUUUGGCUGAAAUUUGUUCCUACAUUUCACGCUUCUUACAAUUCUGAGGACUAUGAUGUAUAUUUUGAACAAAGCAGAACUUGCUUCCGAAGGUGCCAUGCAGCAUUGGACAUAUGCCACAGUAAUCAAGCAAAGUUGUGGCUUUUCCCCAAGGGUGUGAAGACCAAGCCACCCCAGGUUGCCAUUGUAGAAUCAGAGGAAACUGAACUUGUAGAAAGUAAAUUUGAUUCAAAUAUGUAUGCAAACAGACUCAAAAAAUUGGUUUGGUUCAAUAAGAAAUUGAACUACAGACAGAAAGAAGCUGUGCGAAACAUAAUGCUUGGUGAAGCUAGACCCCUUCCUUACAUCAUCUUUGGGCCUCCUGGUACAGGAAAGACUGUCACGUUAGUGGAAACAGUUCUCCAAAUAUACACUCUCAUGAGUGAAAGCAGGUUACUUAUAGCUACACCUUCCAAUAGCUCCGCAAAUCUCCUUGCUGAGAGGCUGUUAGAUACUGGACUAUUUCAGCCAGGUGACAUGGUUAGAUUAGUUGCAAAUCAUAUUAUUGUUGAUGGGAAGGUGCCUGUUAAGCUUGUUCCAUACUCUGCAACUGUUGAUAUUAACGCUGGGGCAGAUGAACAAAAAAAUCAGAAUGCUGAUAAAUUUCAAAUUCAUAACGGCACCACAAUUCUAAGAACCAGGAUUAUAAUUGGGACUUGCAUGGCCCUUGGUCAGAUCAUACAGCUUGGUCUGGCACGUGGUCAUUUCACUCAUAUUAUGGUGGAUGAAGCUGGUCAAGCUUCUGAGCCAGAAAUUCUCAUUCCGCUAAGUUUCAUGGCACAUGAGUCGGGGCAAGCAAUCUUAGCAGGUGACCCUAACCAACUAGGACCUGUUAUUCAGUCUCAACUAGCCAGUGGUUUUGGUCUGGACAGGUCGCUGUUGGCACGUUUACUCUCAAGAUUUCCUUACCAGAGAGAUGCUACAGGAUUUCCAGAAACUGGAGGUUAUGAUCCUAGACUAGUUACACGCUUGUCUCUGAAUUAUAGGUCACUGCCUGAUAUUCUUGAAUUGCCAAGCUCUUUGUUUUAUGACUCAGAUUUAGAGCCUUGGCUCUCUGACCAUGACAGUUAUGAAGCAAAACUUCUCGAGAAAGCUACUUCAGUUCUCAACUUGCCCCACUCUGCUGUUGUUUUUCGGGGAAUGAAAGGAGAUGCCAUGCGAGAUAAUGAUUCUCCUUCAUUCUAUAAUGCUGUAGAAAUGUAUCACACUGUAGAUUCUGUAAUCUCAUUACUUGAUGCAGACUUCAAUAGUGAAGAUAUAGGUAUCAUUACCCCAUACCAAAAACAGGUAACAAAAAUCCGAAAUAUGUUAGAAAAACUUCGUGGUGAAACUGCCCUAGGUGUGAAGGUAGGAAGUGUGGAAGAGUUUCAAGGACAAGAAAGAAUGAUUAUCUUUAUUUCUACAGUUAGAAGCUUAGGCAGUACUCAUCUCACCUCAAUCAAGAGGAAUACUGCUAAACAACUACUGGGGUUUGUGAACAACCCAGAAAGACUGAAUGUAUCCAUAUCAAGAGCAAGAGCACUUCUAGUAAUUUGUGGGGAUCCAGAGGUUUUGUUAGUAGACAAGUACUGGCGAAGUGUUGUGACCUACUGUAUUGACAGAAACGCUUACUUGGGGGUCACUGUUCCCAAACAGUUACUGGAUCAGUAAGAAAUGCUGUAUUUUAUUUUAUGAAUUAAUUGAUUAUGAUAUUGACGAAUUGUUUAUAAUAAGCCAUGAUUUAUUUUUAUACAAUAAAUUUGUAUGUAGGAUUUUAUCUUGCAUACUUUUAGUGUUAUUAUUAAAGUUAAUAUCUUUUUGUGUGUCGCAUGUUACUGAAAGUUCUUGUUAAACCAGUGUCCUAAAGUACAAGGUGCUAACAAACUCUUAAUGUACUCUAAUUUUCUUCCACUUCUGAGGAAUAAAAUAUAUUACUUAUAUACUUGCUAAA